AUGGGUAACGGAGCCAAGGCACAGCAGAAGCGCGAGCGCGCCCAGAAGGAGGGCAAGACUGCCAAGUCGCAGCUCAAGGCCAACCAGCAGGCGUGCGACAUCCAGUGCGUUGUCUGCAAGUCGACCUUUCUCAAGACCACCAAGGCCCCUGCUCUGACCGAGCACGCCGAGAACAAGCAUAACAAGACGCUUGCCGAAGCGUUCCCCUCCUUCUCAGAGGAGCAGUAA